UGAGGGAGGUUCUCCAGUAAUCUGGGGAGUGACGUUCCGGAAGCUCCAGUUACCUGUGGGUCGUAAACCCGUUAGAAUGAUCCACGUCAGAACUGCGUCGCCGCCGAUUGUGGGAGGAGCUUGUUGCUAGUAGCCGACAUCUAGGAUCUGGAACCAGGCAGCGGCAGGCUCCUCAUGUGAUGUAUUGAUUGAAGAACUGAGCUAAGUCUUCUGAUCUGACAUGCCGUCAUCAGAUAUACCCAAAGAACGGAGCAGGCAACGUGUUCGUAAUCCCAUUGAAGCUUGGCAUGCACAAAAUGAUGUGUGGAACCAUGAAACCAAUUUGGAAAUGGAUGAAAACAAAAGCCUUUUAGAAAACUAUGACAGCGGAUUAUUGGAACCUGAUCAUAAAAUAGUCCUUUCAAAUGAUUUCAAUAACAUUUUAUUGCUCUUAUUCCUUUAUGUCCUGCAAGGAAUUCCACUUGGUUUGGCUGGGAGCAUCCCACUUAUACUACAAAGCAAAAAUGUUAGUUAUUCAGACCAAGCUAUGUAUAGCUUUGUGUUUUGGCCUUUCAGUUUAAAACUACUAUGGGCGCCCUUAGUGGAUGCUGCUUAUUUUCCAACCUUUGGGCGGAGGAAAUCUUGGUUGGUGCCAACUCAGUAUUUUUUGGGUCUUUUUAUGCUUUGUCUGUCAUUUGAAGUGGAUGCAUUACUGAAGAGUGAUGAACACACUAGCCCCAAUAUUGUUAAACUUACAGUUGUGUUCUUUAUAUUUGGAUUUCUGGCUGCCACUCAGGAUAUAGCAGUGGAUGGCUGGGCAUUAACUAUGCUAUCCAAAGAAAAUGUAGGACUUGCUUCUACUUGCAAUUCAGUUGGACAGACAGCAGGAUACUUUCUUGGUAAUGUACUUUUCUUGGCAUUGGAAUCAGCAGAGUUCUGCAACACAUAUCUACGUUCUCAAUCUCAACCAACUGGAAUUGUCACUCUCUCAGGUUUUCUGUUCUUCUGGGGAAUAAUUUUCUUGGUGACAACAACCUUGGUUACAGUGUUUAAAAAGGAAAACUUGAGACAAACAUCAUUGCAUGAUGUCCCUCAGCAAGGAAUCCAGGAAACCUACAAAUCACUCAUAUGUAUAGUAAAGAUGCCUGCCAUCUUGAAUUUCUGCAUCAUGCUGCUAACAGCAAAAAUUGGAUUUGCAGCUGCUGAUGGAGUAACUGGAUUGAAGUUGGUUGAAUUGGGUGUGCCCAAAGAGCAGUUGGCUCUACUUGCAGUGCCUAUGGUUCCUCUGCAAAUAUUAUUACCAUUUGUGAUAAGCAAAUACACAGCAGGUCGAAAACCUCUGAAUGUUUUUUACUGGACAAUGCCGUUUCGGUUAUUUAUGGGCAUGAUAUUUGCUUUGCUGGUUUUUUGGACUCCUACAGUGAAACAGGGCACAGAGUUUCCUGUUUAUUAUUAUGGAGUACUGCUGUUCAGUUAUGCCUUGCAUCAGGUGACUGUCUAUAGCAUGUAUGUUGCAGUCAUGGCAUUUAAUGCUAAAAUUAGUGACCCUUCAAUUGGAGGAACAUACAUGACUUUAUUGAAUACUGUUUCCAAUCUUGCUGGAAACUGGCCAGCUACGUUAGCUCUUUGGCUGGUGGACCCACUUACAGUCAAGAAGUGCAUUGGUGCACCUGAACAAAAUUGUGGAUCUGCAAUUGAUUCUGAACUUUGUGCAAAGUUUGGUGGUUCCUGUUCAACCGCAACUGAUGGCUACUAUGUAGAAUCUAUAUUGUGCAUUGUUAUUGGGUUCACGUGGUGGCUUUACUUCGGAAACAAGUUCAGAAAUCUGCAGGAUGAACACCCAUCCACGUGGCAGUGCAAGAGGAAUAAUUGAGGUCUUGAUGAUUGGAACUUUCGGAAUUUAAUAAAAUUUAGAUUUUUUUUGACCAAUUUUCAAGGGAAUAAUACAAAAUAAGGGAUGUUAUUCAGUUUUACAAAUGCUGUUUUGACUACAGUUGUUACAAGUGAUGAUUCUAUGAAAAGUAUGAAUUUUGAUCAGGGUUUUUGUUUGCUUUGGUCAGAAUAAAACCUAUCUAUGCGAUUGUAACAUAGGUAGAGAAAAAAUUGUAUUGUUUCAGGUGCCAUGUAAAAUAGAUCACUAUAUAUACAUACAAAAAUAAUUAUUUUUGUGAGAUGCAGAUAACUCAUUCCUGUUUUUCAUUCAGUUUAUGCAACCUUCGCUUUGUUUGUGACGUCUAUAAGUUAGAUAUUGUUUAUUGGUAAUUGUAGCUCUUUGAAUUCUUCAUUGUGUUUUGUUAGUCUAGAGUUGUUGUAUUUUAAAUGGCCCAUCCCUUUUUCAUAGUAAAACUGCAGAACCUUUUCUGUGGUGCUUUUAGCUCAGGUGGCUGGAUUGCAAUGCAGAGUGAUGCUCACAGCCCAUGUUCAAAUUCCUGCAUCUCAUGAGAUAACCAUUAAAUUCUUCUUCAUCUCAAUCUUGCUCAUCACCUGAGGUGUGGUGACCCUUGGAUUAAACUCCCCACCAGUAAUUUCUCUCCCUAAUGAGAUAGUAGCCCCUUUGUCCUCUUGGACAAAGGUGACUUUACCCGCUUUUGGAUACUGUGUGCAAUCGUUACACUCUCUUUAUUGAAAGAGUUGGUUGAUGUUUCUGCCUUGAAAGUUACAGAAGAGGAUUAGGCCACUUUAAAACAUAAAUUACAUUGUACAGGGUUUCUGAAUUACCAGUAGGUGGUGGUCUAUUAUAACUCCCAAAAAAAAUUCAACUAUUGUUUUACUGAACAUCUAUGCUUCAUGAGUGUAUCACUUAAUGUAUUGUGUUGGUCAGAGGGCACCAUUUCUUGUUAAUGCAGUACAUAAUCCAGAUCAAAAUGAUGAACUGAAUUGAUUAGACUGAAAAGUUAAAUUAUCAAUGCACACACCUACAGCUGAUUACAUUCAUGUGUGAAUAAGCUUUAUUGACACUAUUGCAAGAUUGUUAAUCUGAUUUUACCAAAGUACUAAGGUAUAGGCUUUUAUAAGUUUAAUUAGACUUGUGGAUUUUCUUUUUAAAAAGAAGUGUCAUGUUUAAAACAAAUAGUGACUGAAAUUUUCAAAGUAUACUUAACAAUUAAUUGCUCGGGUGGGCACACUGGAAAUGAUCAUGGAGCUUUCACUAAUGUUUAGUUUUAAUGUUCCUGUUUCUAUUCUCUAUGUUUCAAACAUAGAAACAGGAGUAGGUCAUUCAGCCCUUUGGAACUACUCCACCAUACAAUAUGAUCAUCACUGAUCAUUCUAAUCAGUACUCUGUUCCCACUUUCACCUCAUAUCCUUAGAUCCGUUUAGCUCUUAAAAGUAAAUUUCUCCUUUUUGAAAAUAUUCAGUGUUUUGACCUUAACUUCUUUUUGGUCCAGAGAAUUCCAUGUGCCCAUCACACUCUGGAUGAAAACGUUUAUCCUCCUUCUCAGUCCUAAAUGGCCUAUCCCAUGUCCUUAGACUGUGAGCCCUGGUUCUGGACUCCCCAGUCAUCAGGAAUGUCUUGUAUUUACCCUGUCUUCUAAACUCAAUUGAAUAUAGCCCUGAUCAGUGUCUCUCCAUACAUCAGUUCUGGCAUCCCAGAAAUCAGUCUGAUUAAUCUUCAUUCCAUUUCUUCUCAUAGCCAGACAUCCUUCCUCAGAGACCAAAAUGGCACACAGUACUCCAGGUGUGGACUCACUAAGGCCCUGUACGGGUCAUUCAUUGCCCCUGUACUCUAAUCCUCUCGCUACGCAAGCCAUAUUAUUUCCUCCAUCACAUUCUGUACCUAGACAACAAGUUGCAGGGCUGGA